GCGUGCAGUGUAAGCGCACAGCUGCGUGUGGUGAAGUUUAGUAUACCUCAGAAAUCCUCGCCUACUUCGCUAGAUAAAAAAAAAAAAAGAUUGCUGUGGGGGAAUAAACCUGUCUCACUGCGCACGCACCGCACCAACAUUGUCCAAUGACUGAAGCUUGCGCAUCUACUGAUGACCAUUACUUGAAAUUGUUUGGCACAAUGCGGUGUUGUAUUUAACGUUCGCCUUUUUUGUUGUUUUUAGUCCGCCUGCGCUCUUGGAUCUUUUUGGAGAUGUCUGAGUUUAACCACUCAAAUCUAUCAGGCGGAAACGCUCCGGACCCGGACUACAAGUGGACAUAUGAAUAUUACGACGAUGAUGAGCCUGUUUCGUUCGAGGGACUCAAAGCGCACCGAUACUCCAUUGUGAUAGGCUUCUGGGUGGGCCUGGCUGUCUUUGUCAUCUUCAUGUUCUUUGUCCUGACGCUUCUCACCAAGACAGGAGCUCCAAAUCCCGAAGGAGCUGAGCCCUAUAAGAAGCGUGUUCGUCUGACCAGCUGUGUGGAAGACCUCCGCCCCCCUGCAGACCCUGACCACCGGCCCUGCCUCCAUCGCCCCUUACUGGACUCCUCUCUCAGCCGCUCCCUCUUCCACUGCUACAUCAAUGAGGAACAGGCCCAGGAGGGGUCCAGGCCUAGAGCUGGCGCACGAGUUGUGGGAGCACCCAGAGGAGGGCUUGUCCAGGGGCCGGGGCGAGGCAGGUCAGGCAGCCCAGAGGAGGGGGUGGUGGUGGGGAUGGAAGUAGGUGUCAGCCGUGCCCUGCAAGGGGCUGCCAUGUUGGGGGGGAACCGGACUGACCACAGAGAGGCAAUGUCCCUGUCCCACUUCAACAUCCCUAACGUUGUGAACUCCGAGCACUGCUCCGCCCUGGGGGCGGACGAUCUGCUGCUGGGGGAGCCACCAAUCAUCAUGGCGGGGGAGUGUCAUUGGUCCCACAGCGCACAUCACAUGAUGGACUAAGGUCCUCUCUACUUCCUGGGGUGCCGCCAGUCAUCCUGGAGGGGUAGUGUCGUUCCAAUGGGGUCCUUCACACGAUUGACUGGGGGAACCAUCAAUCAUCCUAGAGGGUGAGUGUCAUCGGCCACGUAGUGCCCUUCAGAAGACGGACUGUCCUGCCCAUCACACAAUAGACUAGGGUCCUGCUUACUUCUCACACCCACCUCCGUUAGGACAUUAUAGAUAAUUAUGAGGACAUCACAGGACUCAUCAGCCUUAUAUAGAGUUGUGUCAAGGUCCUAAUCUAACAUUCUGUGUUGUGCCAGUCAUGUACAGUGCAAGCUCUCCUAAUUAGGCUGUGGUUCCAGCUUCUCACACCACCUCCAUUGUGAGGACAUUCUGGAUUAUUCUGGAUCCUCCUACAGUAACUGUACCUCCUGACAUUUUCAUUCUGUUCAGAUUUGGUUCAGGCUAAAUUACUGUCCAGUCAAAAUAUAAACAUUUAAAUGUUAGUUAUCAGAGUUAAAUAUACCUAUGUGAUAUGAGCUAUUUUUCUAAUCUUUAUGUCAACAAGGUUGCCCACGCAGAGCCAGAACUUGUGAUGUCACAUCUCAACGCUAAACUGGAAGUCCAGCUUCAUCAAGUUGAUUUGAAUGUUUUUUUAUUUAACUAGGCAAGUCAGUUAAGAACAAAUUCUAAUUUUCAAUGACGGCCUACCACGGCCAAAUCCUCCCCUAACCCGGACGAUGCUGGGCCAAUUGUGCGCCAACCUAUGGGACCCCCGAUAACGGCCUGUUGUGAUACAUCCCAGAAUUGAACCCGGGUCUGUAGUGAUGCAGUACCUUAGACCGCUGCGCCACUCAGUCUCCCCGUAUAGUGGUGGAGGCCUUGCAGAAAUCAGUUAAGGGGAUGGAGACAACAGAAGAGGCAAGGAGAAUUUGAUACAAUAACCAAAAAGUACCAGAAAGGCAAGACUCUUCUUUUGGGUUUUCAAUUCAACAGCAGUCUGAAUGUUGUCCUUGUUCAGUACUAAUUGUAGCACAUCUGUUAAUCACUAUAAACUGUUAUAUACCUUACCUUUUAUAUACAAUGUGUUGCUCCUGUCAAUGCUUUACAUACAUGUCAAGUUCUCAUCUGCCAAGUCUAUAGAAGGUUGUGACUAAAUAAAUCUAUUUAAACGGCA